AUGUUUGAGAGUGAGGGUAGAGGAAGCAGCCGCAGCGAGCGGCCUGAGAAACGGAGGAACGACUGCAGUAAGGCGUUUGUGCAAAACUGCGGAAAAAGAGUGGAUGUUGAACCCUCUCAGCCCCCACGGGUGCGACGCGACGCCACUGUUUUACCGAGAUUGCCAACGAUGAGAAGAUAUGGUCCCCCCAGUCCUAAAGCUGCUCGCCCAAAUGCAUCAUCUGGAAUAUCAGCGUUUGACAUGGGAAUCAGUCAGGAGGAGUGGGAUAGACUACAGAAGGCUUUUGACUGGCCUGGUCCAGAUCAUGAAAUCACUCAACUGAAUCUGACCACGAGUCCAGUCUACACAACAUUCUCUAUUGUAAGACUCAAUGACACUUACAAAAUAGGCGAUAAGAUCCGUGUUACCAUCACAGCCAGAGAUCACAUCAAGAACUUGAAAACAUAUGGAGGUGACUUUUUCCAAGUAAAGCUAUUCAACUUAAAAUUAAAGGCAAGUGUUUAUGGAGAAGUUAUUGAUCAUCGUAAUGGAACAUAUACUGUUGAUCUUCUGUUACCAUGGGAAGGACAAGCACAAGUGUCUGUACGUCUGAUGCUCUCCAGUGAAGUUGUAUGGAUUCUUAAAAAGUACUGGGAGACUUUCCCACGCAGCAACUAUAUCGGUUACUUUGAAGGACCAGGACCCAAUGGAGUCAAGAUACGUGAAGAAGUAGAUUGUAAUCUUAAAUGGGGCUCUCUUCGAAGUUGGAGUAAAGGCAACUGCUGCUGUGAGUAUAAGGAUGUGAAAACAGAAACGGUGUGGCAGUGUGACAGACCAAAACAACUUUCCUGUGACUACUGGGUGUAUCAUUCAUAUGGAUUGAUGGAAAAUCAUUUCACUCCUUUUGAGAGUCACCUUUUUGCAAGCAAAUUAACAAAUGUUGGUAUUGCUGGAGACUCACACAUCAUAAGUGUUGUUCCCAACACUGCAGGCAUUGAUGAUGCAGAGAGAUGCAGAUCGGGUCUGACCACACCAGUUCCUGCAGGAUUCUAUUUUCAAGAUGUCUGGAAGUCUUUUGUAUGUAACACUAGAAGGUUUAGUCCUUCACAAACGGCCGGUUGUCUUCAAAACAAGGUUCUUUACCUGUUGGGAGACUCUACCACAAGACAGUGGUUUGAGUUUUUUCAAAGAAGAGUGCCAGAUCUAAAAGGAAUGAAUCUUCAGACUGAUCCCAAGGUUGGACCACUGAUGGCGGUGGAGCUAACAAAAAAUAUCAUUAUUCACUGGAGGCCACAUGGAUUUCCUCUUCGGUUUCGUAUCAUGCCAGCUGCUGAUGUGCAUUAUCUCAGCAAUGAAAUUGAUUAUAUAACCGGUGGCCGUCAUACAGUUGUUGUAUUCACAACAGUUGCCCACCUGGUUUUGCACCCAUUGACAUUUUUUGUACAUAGAAUGGCCAAUAUUCGUCAAGCAGUGAUUCGACUACUGAAGCGUGCACCAGAAACUACGGUCAUCAUUAAGUCUGGGAACACUGGAUUCACAAAGACUGAAUAUGGAAUUGAAUGGUACAGGAUGCAGUUGAACACAGUGGUGAGGGAGAUAUUUAGUGAUAUUGAUGGAGUCAUCUACUUUGAUGUCUGGCAGAUGACUUCAUGUCACUACACGCAUGAAAAUAUUCAUCCAGUCCCUGUUAUCAUCAGCGAUCAGAUUGAUAUGAUGCUCUCAUAUGUGUGCCCUUAA